AUGUGGAAAGAGGUAUUGGGCGUCUGUCUUUUGGUCGUUGUCCACGCGAUAAACUUCCAGGUGGCAGAACGACUCGUCCACAGAAUUGUUCUACCCUAUAUCUGCUCUUCAACCGGCAUUUUCCGGUCCUCGCAGUCCUUGCAAGAGACCCUGAGCAAAGACCUGGAAAAGAUCCUCCAGAAACCCGUCCAGUUGAACCCAAAUGUCGAACAGACAUUCAUCAAGCCCCUGUUGGAGCCCAAAAUAACCAGCACGGAGAAUAAGGUCAUCAAAAAAGCGGCACAGGUGCUCUUCAAUGUGUCUAUCUCGUUCUCUUUACAAAUAAUUGGCCUGGUCCUGUUUGAAAUUAUUGAUUUGGGAAACUCUGCAGCUCGCGUGUGGGACUGGGAAUUUACGCUGUCGGUGCUGAUUUUUCUGUUAACGUACGUGAACCCAAGUCUGCUGCUAUUCAUGGCUGUCUCCCGUCUUCCUCUUGUAUCUCGCGUGGCCCGACUAUUGAGCACUAAACACAAGGGACUGGUUUUCCUGCUGGUGUUCAUAACGUGGGCUCUGGUUUUCCGGACUUUCAACGUUUUAGCCACAGCUGCGUCCCAGAUGGAGAGCUAUUCGCUUUUCUUCUCAAACUCAUUGAUAGAAGUCACCAUGUUGGGUGUGACCUGUCUCGCGGCCCUGAACGGCAUUGGAUCUGUGUCCUCUUUGUACUAUUCUUUCAUCAAAAAGCACAAACGUGUGCGAAAGACAGACAUUGCUAGAAGCGUUGAGACGCUGCGCACGACAACAGAACUGAUCCACACCAGAACCACCGAGCUAGCACAGUCGCCCUCGAAUUCGGACUUGAAGAACGAGCUUGGGGCCUUGAACCAGAUGAAGCGCGAGCUACUGCAGGACCUCUCCUUUUUGGUUGCCAAUUACCAUUCCCAGCAGUAUGUGGCCUCACUCCGAGGCAAGGUCUCCAAAUGGGCCAACGUUCUCUUUUCGCUCUACUGUCUGUACAAAAUUGUGAACAUCAUGGUCAUCCGGCUGCCAAUAAUAUAUUUUGAGGAAUUCGGACUCAAAUCUCCGAAACCUGACGCCCAGUCUGCCGAUACGCUUUCUGUUACCAUCGCACGAAUCAUCGCCAAACACUACGAUAUCGGCAACUACGAGGACCAGCUGGCCACCAACGUGAGCUUUGUUUUCUCAUUUUUCCUGUUUUGCUGCUCGUUCCAGAGCGUGGUGACCACUUUCCACAAGCUAGGCAAAUUGCUACCGUCUGCAAAAGACCAGUCAGCUGUGUCUGAUUCGUCGUUCUUUUUCGACCUUCUUGUCUGCGAGUUGACAGGCGUUUAUCUACUGUCAACCACCCUGCUGCUUCACACACAUCUACUCGCUAGCCGUCUCACGCUCUUCGAUCACGAUAUUUCCUUUAUCGACGUUUGGUUCGAUAAGUGUUUUGGGUUUGGGUGUACAGUGAGCAUUGUGGGACUGUUUAUUUCUGAACAAUUGGAGCAUUUCUAUAAAGAUGAAGACGACCAGUUCGAUCAUCCGAUGAUUUACGACGAGGAGGCCCUCGUGGAAGGACGGGGGAAAAUUAACUAG